CAAGUCAAAUUGUUUUAAAUAAAAGUUGUUACUUUUUGUGAAGUGAUUUUUAAUGAACCCGGAAUCAGUGACAAAAUCAAUUUUCUUGUUUCGGUCAAUAUUAAAUAAUUUCUCGGGCGGUUUUCCAUUUACCAGGCAAGGAUGAGAUCGCAACUUGGAUCCUUGCUUGGAAGCACAAAGGUUGCAACUCUUGCACCAUUCUUCAACAUCCCUACGAUAGCUGCUCCAAGAAUACCGGACGAGUCAAGCCAACUCCAUCUGUACUGAUAUAUACAGGGUCUCUCCCAUCUGGACUCCCCGACUUACGACUGAUCAAGUCAUCCCUUAGGCCCAACAAAUUUCAUUGGAGCCAGUAUCGCUUUACCGUUUCACCGGAACUGGAAGCCUAUUAUUGUCAUACGUAGGUACCUUCCAUGGUAUUGUCACGGAUUCCGGGUCCACUAAAACUCACUUCACAAACAAUAACAAUUUUUAUUGAACAAAAUGGACUUAUCACUAUUAUCGAAACCUACAAAACAAAUUUCGUAUUUAAACUAAACUCAAUCUUUAUACCUACUUUACUACGCGCUAUUUAGAGUCUUAAUCAUUCACCGGAUCUAUCUAGAAGAUGUGAUAGAAUUCCUAGAACAGACGCAUUCCAGAUAUUAACAACUACAUCCAUAGAAUCAAGCCAUGCUCUCGACGCAAUUUCGUAACAAUAUACUGGCAACUAGGCAUCUUACAAUGGACACAGUGUUGUCAGUGUUUCCUAGAGAAUUGAUUAAUCCACGAGCGUGCGGAAAGUAGAGAGCUACUUUGCGCACUCAGAUCAGAUCGAGAGAAAGGUACUUUAUGUUGUUUUCGGUUUUACUUUAGAAUAAGAUUAUCCCAAUUAUCAUCCAUACGACGGCCUCAAGUAAUACAGACGCUAGACAAGAAGCUAUUUGGUAUUAACCAUAAUUUUCCCAAAAAACUUGAAUCUUUUGAACCCCUUUUAAGAGCCUUUUAGGGUAGGGUAGGUGCAUUAGGUGUACACCUGCCACCGUUUCCCUAGCUACAAUUGAUCAAAUAAUAAAUAUACAAGUAAUUUCGUAAAAUUCUACAAUUUCAUUAGACUUCACAAAAUAAUUUAAAUAAAAAUGUUCGGCGGGGAUCUAGUGCCUCCAGCCAGAUGUCCAAAGAUAACGUCAAAAGGACAAGCUCAGGAUAUUCUAGCCCCAGGAUUACUUCCUGGGAGUUAUGGUCAUCAUGGAAGAAACCCAAAUACGGACUACAAAACGCGUAUGUUUCAUUACCAACAAAGAAAGGAUGCAUUUGAACAGCUAAGAGCUGAAGAGGCUCGCAAGCAAUCGAAAGAAGACGCUACUUAUAUGAAAUAUGAAAAACAUGCUAAUAAAAAACGGUUCCAACGGUGCAUUGAAGAUAAAGUCCAGGAAAAGUGGAAGGCCUAUGAAGAUUCUGUAGAAGCUAGACGCAGAAAGCUGCACGAGAUGAUUUGUAAAGAAGAGCGAGAAUUCUACUAUGAAACUAUAGAUUCGGCACAAAGGGGCGCUGAUAGAAAAAUGGAAGAAAUGAAGCUACGAGCGCAAAUGCUGAAAGCGAAUAGAGAAGAGGAACGGUUGAAGAUUGUUCAUCAAAAACGCAUUGAGCAAUAUCAAAAGAGGUGUCAAGAGUUACGUCCAAAAAUGGCACAGAAACAUUUAAUGGAAUCAAAAUACACUCAACUUCAACAGAUGAGAGAAAACGAAGCUAGAAGAGAAGCUGAUAGAGAAUUGGAUAAAAUGUGGUAUCAUUUAGCUGUAAAAGAAACUGAAGCUAAGAAAGAAAGAGAAACUCAAGAAAUGUUGAAACGUCGCGAGAAAGAGAAAGAAAUGACAGAAACGUGGGACAAACAAGUCAAAGGCAGAGAACUUUUACAACAAGAAAUUAAUAGGAUAGCUAAAGAAGAUAGAUUGGAAAUGCAAAAAUUAAGCGACCAACUUCGGCAUGAGCAAAUAGAAGCACUCAACCAAAAACAACAACAAAGAAACCAUGCUGCUCAAGAGAUUUUGCAUCAAAUUGAAAUACAAAAACAAUUACAAUCUCAAAGGAAGAAAGAAGAAGAUGCUCUUGAUCAGGCUUUCAGCACGCUCACACAGAUGGAAAUCGAUCGAGAGAAAACUUCAAUGCAAGAAGAAACCAUAAAUGCCAAAAAGGAAACUGCAAUGUAUAGAAAACACUUGCAAAAGCUGGAUGAAGAACGCAAACUGGAAGAACAAAAACUUAUGGAAUUAUUGGAGGAACACCGGAAGGCAAUUGAAGCUAAACAAGACGAGGCUAAGUGUAAAAUUGUCGAGGCUAAACGUAAACUACAAAAGGAUGUAAUGUCUGAAAGAGCAGAACAAAUCAAGUACAAAAAACAAGAAGCUGAGGAACAGCUGAAACUGAAAGAAGCCGAGAAUGAACUUCUGAGGAUGGCUUAUGAGACAAAUGGAAGACUCCAGGCUGAGAGUGAUAGGUUGGAGUAUCAGGCUGUGGUUCAAUACAGAGAGGAUUUACAGAGGCAAAUUGAAUAUAAUAAUGUAUUGAGGAGACGGGAAAAGGAAGAACUGGAACGACAACUAGCAGAAGGCCUAAAAGAAGAAGAAAAGUACAGAAAAAUUGUAGAACAAAUGUUGAGUGGUGAAAUUGAAGUCGGACGUAAACAUCCAUUCAGAAGGGCUUUAGAACGACCUGAUUGUUACUGCCCCACAAAAAACAAAUAAAAAAAAUUAUGUUGUUAGUGUAAUGAGUGUGUAAUUUUUCAAAUACAUAUUGGUAAUUGCAAUAAUUAGAUUCUCAUAAUAAUAAAUUAAACAGUCGCAUCAACGUAGUGUUUUUCUCCAUACCAUUCCUUGUGAUCAUUCAAAAAGCUAAAAAAAAAACACAAGAAUAAUUAUUCAUAAUAUUUCUUAUUAAUUAACUCACUCAAUAAUUGAAUCAACGUGACUCAAAAUAAUUUUCAACUUAGGGUCAGGAAUGCUGGUUCGUCCAAGCAACUCUGGAAGCUUUACAAAAAGUCUCGCAAAAUGUAUGGCCCCAUAAACUAAACAUGGAGGUGGAGGUUGUUGGAUUUUGAUAGGAUCGGGGAGAAGACGCCAGGAUAAUGCCUUUGUCAUGGGUGCGUUUAUGUCAGAAUUACUGCUACCGAUACUAGGACAUCGUUUCGCAUGAUUAGUCCCAUUCGUUUCUUCAACCAAUGAGUUUCCGUUUGUACGUGGUUCAAUUCUGUUACUGGACCUCAGAGUCCUGCGUCUAGGGUUACCGGAAAAUGUUCCAUUUUCAGUAUUAUGGUUUCCAUUGGGGAUUAUGUUAUUAGUACUGAUGGCAUUGUUUUGCUCAAGUUUUACGCU